AUGGGCGUGUGCGCGUCCACGCUAUCCGAUGAGGAAAAAUCGGUAAUUAAACAUCAAGAGUUUAUGAAUCGACAAAUCGAGGAGAAUAUUAAAAAAGAGGCCGAGAUUGAAACAACCAUCAUCAAAUUGCUUUUACUUGGUCCUGGUGAAUCAGGGAAGAGCACAGUGCUGAAACAGAUGAGAAUCAUUCACAACAACGGUUUUACUGAAGCGGAACGGGCGGCUAGACGAGAAGCUGUUUGGAAUAACACUAUUCAAUCCAUGCAUAUGUUAAUUGCUGGUUUGGAGAGAGUUGCAUAUCAGAUUUUCGAGAAAAAUCAGAUCCACGUGGAACUCAUCAAAAAGACUGUGGCGGACAAAUUGGAUUGGGAACCGAUCGGUGAAGAGAUGGCUCAUGCGAUUAAAUGUCUUUGGGAUGACAAGGGCAUCAAAGCCGCCUACGAGCGUCGCAGCGAAUUCCAGUUGAACGACAGCGCUGUUUAUUUCUUUGAAUCAAUCGAUCGGACUUCAGAAGAGCACUAUAUUCCAACAGUGCAGGAUAUUUUGAUGACAAGAGUGGCGACAAGUGGAGUACAAGAAAUACGAUAUACGUAUAAGAAUAUUGAGUUUCGAUUAUUUGACGUCGGUGGUCAGAAAUCGGAGAGACGAAAAUGGAUUCAUUGCUUUGACAACGUUGAUGCAUUGUUAUUUGUAGUGGCAAUCUCCGAAUACGAUCAAACGAUGAGAGAAGACGGGACAACGGUUGGUGAU